CCACGGGCCUGCAGACGUCUGAAGUAGCUGCACGGCCGCUGCAGUGCCAGUCGACAGCGAUGGCCGCCCCAUUCACACAUCCACGCAGCAUCACCUUUGAUCGCGGGAGGAUUUAACUCCGGCGACCACAAAGGUCUCAAACUCAGUCAGUCGCUGGAGAUAAAAAGUAGAGGAUCAUGUCUGCAGUUCAUGGGAAUAUGCGCGCCGGGGAUUUGAAUAACUUCCAGAUGUAUCACGAAGGGCCCCCACAGAUGAGCAGCAUGGUGAAUUCAGAUUAUGGAGCCUCAGAUGUGACAAACUUCUUCAACUCUGCAAACUCAGUUCCGAGAGCGGACAAAUGUGUGGCGAUAUUAACCCACAGGAGAAAGAGGACCAAUUUCACACAGCAACAAAUCGAGGUGCUGGAGAAAGUUUACUCCGACACUAAAUAUCCUGACAUCUACCUACGAGAGAGACUGGAGGCUCUAACUGGACUGCCAGAGUCCAGAAUUCAGGUGUGGUUUCAGAACAGAAGGGCCAAGUCUCGUCGUCAAGUUGGUUCCUCAGCGUCUAUGAAGGUCUCUAACGCUCCAGCAGGUGGCUCCUUUGGCCAAGUCCAGACCGGAUUGGGUUCUGAGAAAGCCUAUGAAAGCAGCCAUAGUGCUGAGGUGCCCAGAAUAGGAGCUUUUGUACUAGAAGAUAGUUUCAGGCCUGCAGUGCACCAAAGUACUGACAACCCUCAUAGGACCAGUGUUCCAACCAAGCCCAGCAGUUACGACCACACAUCUUCUUCCUGCAUCUAUGACAAGCAAGGAUCCAGACUGACGGCUGAGCAGAUGCAGCGAUGCAAGCCCAGCGUGACCACCCCAGGUUGUAAUGUCCAUCUUUAUUCCAGUGACUAUGAGCAUCACACCAAGAUUCAAGCCAACAUUACAGGGAACCAGGGUGCAAGAGUCCUGGUGGAGUAUGACAAUUUCCCACCAAAUAAAACUAUUGGACCGGAGAUGAAAGUUGUGAUUCCUCCCAUCCCAACCCAGAGUCAUUUCCACAGGUCAACACCAAAGGAUAAUGGAUGCCAAAUGCAAUAUCCACACUUGAGGGCUACAAGGGGGAGGUUCAAUGACUUUUCUCCAAUCCACACCACAGAAGCUCAAGACAUCACCGACUCCGAUUCUGACUGGGAAAACGAGGCGAUGGCUAGCUUUGAUGGCUUUAUGUGAUGUUUAAUAAGAGUCGAUGUAUAGAAAUUAAAUGUAUCAUAAGAGUCAUCAAAUCUGUAUUUAUUGGAAAAUAGUAAUAAAACCACUGAUU